AUGAAAUUAUUAUCUGAGAAGUUUUUGAGGGGAAAAGUUUCCUUCGAAACAGUCCAAGGUGCUUUUUUCAAUUCUAAAUCUCCCACUAAGUCUUUGAAAUAUGAUGGAAUUACUAGCCAUCAAAAGUUUUCCUUUGUAAUAUUCAAUAAGCAAUUUCUUGCUUUUAUUUCAAGAGCGACUAACUUGAUGUAUAAUAAUAAUUUGGAAAUGCUGUGCUCUUGA